AUGAAUCCGCCAGACACAGGGGCUCAGGCUGCGACGCCGGAGACUGGAGCCCCAAGGAUGGCGCACCUGCUGGGCAGCCCGGCCUGCAUGGACAGCCUACGCAAGGACCUCACCGACCUGCAGGGCGCCAUCGUCGACGUGUUCUCUCGCGCCGGGCCCGUGCGCUUCCCCUCCUGGAAGUUCCCCGACCGUGUGGCCUGUGACCUGGACAUGGUGGCCCUGCUGGAACACUACGACCACGUGCCAGGCGACCCCGAGUUCACGCAGCUGGCCCAUGCUGUGCUGCUGGAGCUGGUCAUCGACAGGCUCCUGCUGCUGCUUCAGAGCUGCGCGAGCUACCUGGAGACCCUAACCUUGGAGCAGAUAGUGCCCCCAGCCCGGGCUACAGGGCCCUGCAUGUCCGUGGGGCUCACGGUACGACGCUUCUGGAACAGUCUGCUGAGGCUGGGCAUGCUCAGCCAGCAGGCAGCCCUCCAGAAAAGGGCAAACCAAGGAGAGACCCUCACCUCCGAGCCCACAGCCAAGGGCGAGCCAGCUGGGAGCCCGGAACUGGUAACCGCCCAGCUCAUCAAGCCGCCCUCCCCAGUGCCAGGUCUGUCCCAGGCCUGCCCAGAGCGGGACGGCCUCGCCAUCAGCGUCUCGCUGCAAUGUCCAGGCAGGACGGCCGUGAACACGAGGAGCAUCCACGCCCAGACUGUGGAGACGGCCCUGGUGCCCUGUGACGCGUGCACCAGUGUCCAGGGCAGCCUGCGGGAGGUGGGCAAGGUGCUCAUCAACCUGUGUCAGAGCCAGAACCUGCCCUCGUCGCUGGGCCGCUUCCAGCAGCUGGUACGGGACAGCAUGGGGCACAGGCCGCUGCCGGCCGCCACUGUGGGCCUCUGGGCGGCUGAGCAGAGCAAAGACCUGGCGCGCCUCGGCAAGCUUGUGGGGCCCCUGAGGGCCCAGCUGGAGGAGGCCGAGGGCCAGAAGGACGGGCUGAGGAUGCAGGUGGGCGAGCUGGAGCAGGCCCUGCUGCAGGAGCAGGGGGCGCGGCAGCGGCAGGCCGAGGAGGCCGAGCAGCGCCGGGCCCAGUGGGAUCGCGAGAGGCAGCAGCUGCUUGCAGAAACAAGUGACCUCAAGACGAAGGUCGCCAGCCUGGAGGGGGAGCUGAAGCAGCAGCGCGAGUCCACACAGGCCAUGGAGAGCAAGGCCCAGCAGCUGCAGGCGGAGGCUGAGCACCGGUUGGAGGCCGAGCGGCAGGUGCGGCAGCUGGAGCAGCAGGUGGAACUGCUGGCAGGGCGGUUGGAUGGGGCCAGCCAGCAGAUCCGCUGGGCCAGCACGGAGCUGGACAAGGAGAAGGCCCGUGUGGACAGCAUGGUCCGCCACCAGGAGUCCCUGCAGGCCAAACAGCGAGCCCUGCUGCAGCAGCUGGACAGCCUGGACCAGGAGCGUGAGGAGCUGCGGGGCAGCCUGGACGAGGCCGAGGCCCAGCGGGCCCACGUGGAGGAGCAGCUGCAGUGCGUGCAGGGCGAGAGGGAGCAGGGGCAGUGCCAGCUCCGGGCCCAGCAGGAGCUGCUGCAGAGCCUGCAGCGGGAGAAGCGAGGCCUGGAGCAGGCGACCACGGACCUGCGGCUGACCAUCUCGGAGCUGGAGCGGGAGCUCGCGGAGCUGAGGGAGCGGGAGAGGCUGCUGGUGGCCUUCCCGGACCUACACCGGCCCGCGGAGGCCCAGAUCCAAAGCUCUGGCGACGUCACGGACGACAUGGAGAGACAGGUGCAGGCCAACGACAUCCGCAUCCGGGUCCUGCAGGAGGAGAACGGGCGGCUGCGGUCCAUGCUGUCCAAGAUCCGGGAGGUGGCCCAGCAGGGGGGCCUCAAGCUGAUCCCUGAGGACCAGCUCUGGGCCCCUCCCGGCAAGGGAAUUCAGGGAGCGGAUCCCCCAGCCCAGGCCCCAAGGACGUCCCCAGGAGCCCCGGGCAGGCGGCACCCACCAGGCAGCAGGACAGCCAGCGCAGGCAGGACCCUGCCAGGCCAGCCCUGGGCAUCCCCGCCUCUGAGGCCCCACAGCCGGCCCGGCAAGUCCUCCCUGGAGGACGUGACCUACCCGACCAACUGUGCCCAGAACCCCAUUCGGGCCUUGGCCAGGCUGAGGAGGAGGCUGUCACCAGGCAGGGGCCAGGCCAGCCCGGCGCACCAGCCCCAGGAGCGGCCCACGUAA